UGGCAAUCCAACGAUUUUGUCGGAAUUUUUCGACGAAAUUUUCGAUGUAAAACGAUCGAAGCCAGUAGGAUUGGCGUUGCACGUUUCCUGGUGUUACGCCGGUGUCCAGAGACUGGCGUACGUCGACAGGGCCGUAGAAUUCUAGAAGGGGGUCAUCAUACGAGGCCGGCUCCGCCGAACGCACCGAGCCAGGACAGUAUACGAACGUCAUUCGGCGCGGACUGAGCGGCGAAAGGCGCGUUACCUGUGAGCGGUACCGCAAUUUCGAAUCGAAGUUUGCUCUCUCGUGUCUGCUUUUCUCUUUACGAACGGGAACGGCUUGCGAUUCAGUGCAACGAUCAUCGUAUAAAUCUACGCGAUAUUUGCGAUUUCUACGUUGAGCCAGUGCGAGGAAGAAAGAAAAAAGAUCACGAGGGAGAUCUACGGAUUGUUUCACGGAGAACGAAGGAUUAAUUGGCUGCACGUUUCCACGCGUGUGAAUUAUAGAAAUCGAGAUAUAGCGAGCCGAUUAAAAAAUCACUUGAUGCGCUGAGGAUGCGCCGUGAUUUCUGCAACGGUGGGCUUGCCUGCGCCGUUGUGUGGGUGUCAUCGACCUGCUGGCUGCUACUAUCUUUGUCAUCGUCGGUCACAGCAGAGCCAUCGUUGAAAGCAAUAGGUCGAUGCCCAGCCUUCGAGGAGCAGAACGUGUGUCCCGCAAGGGCGCCAAAUUGCGAGAAUGACUUCCAAUGUCAGGCGUCGGGGGAACGUUGCUGCAAGACAGCUUGCGGCACGAAAUGCGUCAUCGGCGAGCUGACAGGAUGUGAACAGCUGGCGCAGGCAGCCGUGAGAAGAUCGCGCGCCCUUGGUCCACGUGGACCGUCGCAAUUUAUACCAAAGUGCAAUAACGAGACCGGCGAGUUCGAGAGGAUACAAUGUGAUCCGCGAGAGAAAAACUGCUGGUGCGUGGACGAAAUCGGUGCCGAAGUUCCAGGUACUAGGGGAUCCUCCAAGGAUGUGAUCGAUUGCGACAAUCCCCGCGAAUGUCCCGCACAUAGCUGUCGAAUGCUUUGUCCACUAGGCUUUGAGAUCGAGCCGAAAACUGGCUGCGCUAAAUGCGAGUGUCGGGAUCCUUGCCGCGGGGUCGCCUGUCCGGGGACCAGUCAAACGUGCGAGUUGAUUGAUGUAACAUGCGCCCGUCCACCGUGUCCGCCAAUUCCCAGCUGCCGCAAAGCGAAGUCACUGUCGACGAUUUGCCCAGCCGGUGAACCGCUGCAAAUCACGGACUCGCCGAGACCAUUCCUCUGCGGCGACUCGCCAGGGAAACCAACCUGCCCGCCGAUGUAUAGCUGCCUGGUGGAACCGAAACAGGAAUACGGAGUCUGUUGUCCAUCCAACAUUAAUCUAAAGAGACCAGGAACGUGUCCAUUGGAGGAGCCAGCUAUUUGUGGCAAUUCCUGUCAGCAUGACUUAGAGUGUCCAGGUCCUCAGAAAUGUUGCAAGAGCGAGAAGUGUGGAGGAGGAGUUUGCUCUGUUCCACAGGGACUCAGUGCUUGCCACAGAGACCGUGUGCUGGCGGAGAUGCUGAGUAUUUCUGAGAGGCAGGGCCGUGGAUAUGUUCCUCAGUGCACGGAAGAUGGAGGAUACGAAGGUAGACAAUGCUCGAGGAACGGUCUGGUUUGCUGGUGCGUGGAUAAUAACGGUCGAAAAAUAUCCGGAACCAUGGGACCGGCAGAUAAAGUCGAUUGCAAAUCAAUAACGAAGGGAAGAUCGCUUCCGGCGUCUUGUGUUUCCCAACAGUGCGCUCAAGUUUGUCAAUAUGGAUUUAAAACCGAUGCUUCCGGUUGUCCAACUUGCGAAUGCGACAAUCCUUGUGAAGGUUUUCCGUGUCCGGUUGGAGAACAAUGCGUUCUGCAUCGUGAAGACGGUUGCCCAGACUUUCUCUGUCCAACCAGACCAGAGUGUAAACCGAAGAAAUCUUAUCAGAGUCCUUGUGUCUAUGGAACUCCCCUUAUCGAUAACGAACGGAACGCCGUAACCUGUUCUGAGAACGAAACUUGUCCACAAGGCUACAAAUGCACCGUUGUACCGGAAGCUGGACAAUCGGUGUGCUGCAUGACGUCAGCCAAUUCCACAAAACCACAAACCAUGUGUGAAUACUUGAGGGAAUUCAACGACCGCAUGGAAGGAACCAGGGAAGAUAUGUCUUUAGCGAUUCCACCACCACAAUGUGAGAAAGAUGGUAGCUACAAACCGUUACAAUGUCACAAUGGUACCUGUUCCUGCGUAAACGACCGUGGAGUUGUUCUAAAAAGCGGCGUGAAUCGUAGCACUGAUUGUAAAGAGAUAAACGACCUUCUCAAACUCUGUGGAUCUUUCUCCUGCAAUUUAAGGUGCCCUUACGGCUACGAAGUAGAUGCGACUGGUUGUCAGCAAUGUCGUUGUCACGAUCCUUGUAAAGAUGUCUCAUGUGGGCCACAUGAGACCUGUACGAUGGUCGACGUGAAUUGUGGAUCAGGACAGCACUGUCCAGCUGUUCCAGCUUGUCUGGCCAUGAAACCAGGGCAGUGCCCGUAUCUGGUACCAAGUUCAUCGAGUUGCGAACUACAAUGUAGUAAUGAUCAAGAAUGUUCUGCCACGCAGAAGUGCUGUUCUACAGGUUGUGGGACGCAGUGUGUAGCUCCUGUGAUGGCCACGGCUUGCCAACACGCACGUGCAGUGGCAGAACAUGCGGCCAGAGAGUCAGGGGAACCAGCCAGAAGGAUUUAUAUCCCGAGAUGCGAUGCUAGUGGAGCAUUCGAGCCGGUUCAGUGUCACAAUAGAAUGUGCUGGUGCGUGGACAAGGAGGGCAGAGAGGCUGCAGGCACUCGUGUUCUCGAGGGAGUGGUACCAAAGUGUAACACGCCGCUCAGAUGUCCAGAGAUCGAUUGCAAGCUUGAUUGUGCCGAUGGAUUCGAACUAGAUCCUGAUAGUGGUUGUCCAAUGUGUUCCUGUCGAGAUCCCUGCAAGAGCGUGACUUGUCGGGGAGAAAACGAGGCUUGUAGAAUGGUCGAAGUAGCCUGUAGCGUACCACCGUGUCCGCCUGUACCAGUCUGUUUGCCUAAGAAAGAUAAUCCUUGUCCAAAUGGGUCUCCUUUACUAGAUCAAAAUGGUUCCCCAGCAAUUUGCGGACCACAUGGUCAACAUUGUCCAUCCACACACAAAUGUGAACUGUCUCCUCUGGAUGAAUACGCUGUAUGCUGUCCCAAACCUCGCGAAGUUUGUUUUGAACCACCACGAAAAGUACCCUGUAAUUUAGGAAUGGGUCUAAAUGAAACUGAGAGAUGGUACUUUGACCCAGAACAUAACGAAUGUAGGAGGAAAUUCGAGUGUACUCUGGGUCACAAUGAUUUCUCUAGUCGCUUAGUAUGCGAUACCGUGUGCCCUGUAUUAUCACAAUGUGAAAGACUUAGAGAGAAGAACUUGAAAACGUCUCAAAGGCUGAAGCAACCAACUUUCUUGCCCAGAUGUGACCCGGAAAAUGGCAUGUGGGAGUCUAUACAGUGUUUGGAGCAUGUUGGUGUUUGCUGGUGUGUCAACAGAAAGGGUCAACCUGUGAAAGGUUCGCUUACCAGAGGAGCAGAGCCCAAGUGUAACUUUAGGCAAGCAAGACGGGGAGGCAGAGGGCCGGCAGUUCAAGAAAUCGACCGUGAAAUUCAAGCGUUCAUGGAGAACGCUCUAAUUAACUUAGAAACUGACGAGAAGCAAAUCGGGAUGGUGUUAGGCACAAGAUGUCAGGCGAUGAAGGAUAAAGGCCACGUCCCGGCAAUUUGCGAUCGUCAGGGCAGGUUCGAGCCGACGCAGUGUGCUGGGGACACAUGCUGGUGUGUCGACGAGGCAGGCAAUCAACUCAUUGGCUCAGAACCGUUCCUGAAAGGAACGAAUAUUUGCUUGCCAACUCCGGUAGAAGCUGUCGAAGUAACUCUACGUUUCCCCGGUCGAUUCCUCGGCGCUGACGAGGCUAUACUGACCAGACAAGCAGAGGAUCUACUACAUGAUCUAGGCGCCAGAAUAAAGAACGACGUGCGAGUAGAAAUCAAUCAAGACUCAGCCAUACUUAGUUUCGAAGUAAUAGGACCGAACAAAGUAGACAUAGCAUUCCAUCUGGAAGAAUUAACCAGAAUACAGAAAUUAUCCAUGUUGGGAUCAUUCGCGGACGCAACCACUUCUCGUUUCACACACAGAUCUCCUCCAAUAGCUAUGCAGAGUAGAAUUGUAGCAUUAGAACAACGAGAAAUCCUCACAGAAGUGGAAACGCCCGUUUAUCAAACUGCUACCUUGGUUUUGGCUGCUGGAAGCGCUUUCAUAAUUAGCAGUUUGCUGAUUUUAUUGAUGUUAUACCGUAAAAAGAUGAAAAUGAAAGAUCCAUCAAAAAAUUUGGCGGCGGAUCAGCACUUCCUCGCGUACCAGCAACCAGUGUAUGUGAUAUCGGGCGUAGAACAGGAAGAGAAGAAGAAGGAUAUAGCCGAAGCGCAAGAGAGUACGUCUACCUCGGAUGUGGUCGUCGGUACAUAGAAAAGAUCAAGAGUUCGUCGCGUAGAUCGCUCUUAUUCCGUGCGCGAAUAUAGUCAUGAUCCAAGUCACGUCUACGUAAUCCCCUUCAUAUUUCGAUGAGAUAUUUAUUCUUUGAAUAUGAGAUACAUCGCGACUGCCAGAAUUGACGGUCGACCGAAUAAAUUGCAAACGGUACUUCCUUCUUUGUGGACAUCAUGCGAUAUCGAUCCCACAACAUAGGAUGUAACGUGUAGCCACAAUACGGAUUUUAUUUUAA